AUGCUGGGCCUGGGUCACCCCUGCAUCUGUGAUGUCAUUAUGGGGCACAGUCCAGAACCAGCAAGGGGGUUCAGUGCUGGAUGUUUGGGGACAACACCAGAGUGCUCCACACACCUCAGCAAGGUCCACUGCCUCUGGCCCCAACGUGCGGGAUAGCUUGGCACCUAGCAAAUAUUCAUCCUCCACCAUGGAGAGGAAGAUGAGCGAUAGGAGUUGCAGCAUCUCCAAUGAACUCCGCCUGGAAGGGAGAUUCUGUGAUGUGAUCAUCAGUGUAGAUGGGGUGGAAUUCAAGGCUCACAAGCUCAUCCUCUCUUGCUGCAGUAUCUACUUCAGGACUCUGUUUACCAACUGGGACAGCGCAGGCAAGAUGGUCUAUCAAAUCCCUGGCAUUUCAGCUGAAAUGAUGGGUCUCAUCAUCAAUUACGCCUACACCGGGACAGUACCGAUCACAGAGGACAACGUUGAGAGUUUGCUGGCUGCAGCAGAUCAGUUCAAUGUCAUGGGCAUCGUCAGCCUGUGCUGUGAGUUCCUCAGUUCCAGGCUGUGCUUUGAGAAUUGCAUUGGCAUUUGCAGACUCACUGACUAUUACCACUGCCCCGACCUGCGCGCAGCUGCCUGCGUGUACAUCCUGCAUCACUUCGAGGAGGUGUCCCAGGUGUCUGAGGAGUUCCUAGACCUCUCUGCCGAGGAGCUGGCACACAUCAUUGAGAAGGAUGAGCUUAACGUGCGGCGAGAAGAAGCCGUGUUUGAGGCUGUGCUGAGGUGGAUCGCUCAUGACCCGCAGAACAGGAGGCAGCACAUCGCCUGCUUGCUCAGCAAGGUGGGUGGUGCAGUGCAGCUUUGGAGCUGCCCCCAAAGUCUACCGAGGGGGAAACCAUCAGUGUCUAUUGGAAUAACUCCUCCUUGCCUGUUUCAGGUUCGACUGGCACUCCUACAAUCCGACUACUUCAUGAACAACGUCAAAGCUCACGAGUACGUGAAAGACAACGCCAACUGCAAAGAUCUCAUCAUCAGUGCCCUGUCCGAAAUCUACGACCUGAACUCCUACGGCCAGAGUUCCUCAGUCAACGCCAACCCCCUCACCCGGCCGCGCCUGCCCUACGCCAUCCUCUUUGCCAUCGGGGGCUGGAGCGGCGGCGGCGCCACCAGCGCCAUCGAGACCUACGACGGCCGCACUGACAAGUGGCUGAACAUCCCCUGGGAGCAGGAGAGCCCUGUUGCCUAUCAUGGCUCUGCUUAUUUGAAAGGCCACGUCUACGUGAUCGGUGGAUUCGAUGGCACGGAUUAUUUCAACAUCGUCAAACGCUUCGAUCCGCUCCAGAAGACGUGGCAGCAGGUAGCGCCCAUGCACUCACGGCGCUGCUACGUCAGCGUCACUGUUGUGGACAACUUCAUCUAUGCCAUGGGAGGGUUUGAUGGGUACAUGAGGCUCAACACAGCGGAGCGGUAUGACCCAGACACCAACCAGUGGACCCUGAUCACCCCCAUGCACGAGCAGAGGAGCGACGCCAGUGCAACCACGCUGAAUGGAAAGGUGUACAUCUGUGGUGGGUUUGAUGGUGAUCAGUGCCUCAGCUCAGCUGAAGUGUUCAACCCCACCACAAACCAGUGGUCCCUGAUCGCCCCAAUGAGCAGCAGGAGAAGUGGAGUUGGGGUGAUGGCGUAUGGGAACCAGGUGUACGCGGUCGGAGGGUUUGACGGGAACAGCCGGCUGCAGAGCGUGGAAGCGUACAACCCCAUCGCCAACGCCUGGCACGCCGUGCCCUCCAUGCUAAACCCACGCAGCAACUUUGGCAUUGAGGUGAUGGACGGCCUCUUGUUUGUGGUUGGGGGCUUCAAUGGGUUCAGCACCACCGUUGCCACCGAGUGCUAUGAGGAGGACACCAACGAGUGGUACGAUGCCCACAGCAUGGGCAUCACCCGCAGCGCCGUCAGCUGCUGCGUGGUGCCAGGACUCUCCAAUGUCAUGGAAUACAUCGCCAGGCAACACUACUACCAGCACAGCUCCUCCAUGGACAUCUUGUUCACCAGCUCAACUCGGAGCUCGCCGUUGUAA